AUGCUGCCACGAUUUCUACCCUUACUCGGAGUGCUCCUCGUCGGCGCCCUGGCCGUCUCGGUGACGCCGGGCUCGCCGCCACCCUCCGCCGCCCCGAACACUUGCGCUCAGCAAUUUCAGUCCAUCCUCGAGGAGCAGUGCAACUUCCAGCGCGACUUGCGCGCCCCGUGCGCCGCCGUGGCGUCGGCGCUGAACACGAAGAGCCCGGGGUGGAUCAAGGCGCAUGGAAUCCUGAUGUUAAUGGCCUGGCUGUGCUGCCUGUUCACUGGGAUCUCGGCAGCUCGCCAUCUACGUAAUUGGAUGCCCGAAAAGGUGUUGCUCGGCGUGAAGAUGUGGUUCAAUAUCCACCGUGGCUGCAACAUUCUCGGCCUCGUCUUGAUGUUCAUCGCCCUCACCGUAGUCCUCGUCGGCAAUGGGGGCACCUGGAGGGGAAUUGGCAGACCAAUGACCCCCGGGAACGCCCAUGCCUGUAUCGGUCAGCUGGCCGUCUUCUGCGCCCUCCUCCAACCCCUGAAUGCGUACAUCAGAAUGCUUCCAGGGGGUACGAUGCGGCUGAUGUUCCUGAUCCUGCACCGCUUCUUCGGCUAUCUGGCGGUUGUUUGUGCCGAGCUCGCCAUCGGCUUUGCCAUCAUCAAUUUUGGCGACUACAUCGCCAGCCCAACUACGGCUUUCAGCGUCUGGGUGGUGCACAUGUCGGCGAUGGUGUUCCUCUUCUUCCUCGACAACUUCGUCACGUCCAACAGGGCCCUCAUCGAUCGUCUCCUCAGCGGAAACCAGGAUUCGAACGAUGGAAGGGCUGAGAAGCUUGAAGGCACCGACUCGGUCGUGGAACUCGAGCACGGCGAACGCUCCCACCACAGCGCCAAGGAGAGGACCAACGAGCCGCCGUCGGAUCGGCUGCCAAGUGAUCGUCUACUGAGCUCACACUAUCUUCCAGGCGUCAUGAGCGCCAAGGACGGCGCCGCCGUGCAGUCCCACCACUUCUUCAACCACAUGAUCCUCUGUGCCAAGCUCGUCUGCUCCAUCUUCACCUUCUUCAUGCUCGCCAUCCUCAUCCUGGCCCGC